ACCGGCACGCUACCGAUGUCUGACCCGAACUUUUCUGUUCUGUUUCAGGCCAAGUUGUUGGAGUCGUCCCACGCUUGGCUCGGCGCCUCCACCUCCAGUAUAGCAGCAGACAGCUACCAGUACCAGCUGCAGUCCAUGUGGCAAAAGUGCUGGAACACCAACCAGAGUCUGGUGCACAACCUGCGCUUCCGGGAACGUGGACCCCUCAAGUCCUGGCGGCCCGAGACCAUGGCGGAGGCGAUCUUCAGCGUUCUCAAGGAAGGGCUUUCGCUCAGCCAAGCGGCAAGGAAGUACGACAUCCCCUACCCGACGUUCGUCCUCUAUGCGAAUCGAGUGCACAACAUGCUGGGUCCUAGCGCCGACGGCGGGGCCGGUGAGUAUCUGCGCCCGAAGGGCAGAGGAAGACCGCAGAGGAUUCUGCUAGGCGUCUGGCCGGACGAGCACAUCCGCGGCGUGAUUCGCGCGGUGGUGUUCCGCGACGGGCACUCGCCGCACAUCGUCAAGGAGGAGCCGACCACGAUGUACCCAAGCCUGGCGAACUACGCGGCCUGCAACGGCCCGGAAGGCGCGGUCAGUCCCGGCGCGGCGGCCGCAGCCGCGGUCGCAGCGGUCGCUCAAGGUCUGCGACAUCAGAUGUGCAGCAUGGUGGCGGCAGCGCACUCGCAGCAACACGACAUGAUGGCGACGAACCUGUCGACGAGCCUGUCCACCAGCCUAUCGUCAAACCUGCAGGCGGCGAUGCAAGCCAGCCAACACCACAAUAACAAUAACAACGGCGGCAGCAACACGGGCGGCAUCGGCGGCAGUAACAACGGCGGCGCCGGCAACAACAACGGCAACUCCCCAUUGAAUCUCGGCCUGGCGAGCCCGGGUUCGGGCGGGCCACCGGAAAGCCCGAUGGAGAGCCCACUGGCGAGCCCGCUGGGCCCGCUGAUGGACCCGGGUCACAUACCGAGCAGCGUGGAGGUCGGCAUUGGCGUGAGCGGUAUGACGUACAAGCCGGCGCGGAGCUUCGUCAGCCCCCGGCCAGAGAAUCUCUUCCAGGAGGACAUCGCCGACCUGGUGAAGAGUCCGCACGGUCUCAAGGACAAGGACAAGAUCCCGGUGAAGCUCGAGCCGCUCACGGACUCGCGUUGCGAAUAGUAAGCCAUCACGGUGGCGAUAGGUGCAGAAAAAACGACGAUGACGACGACGACGACGACGACGACGACGACGACGACGACGACGACGACGACGACGAC